AUGCCUUCUCCAAUCCCACCGACCCGCCUGCUACCCAAACACAUCUACCCCACUGUGGACAUCGGGACGUGCAGCAGCCCGCUGACCAAACAUCCUCACAGCUCUACUCUACAGGUGCCUGCUCAGCGGCUCCACGGCAGAGUGACCAGCCGGCUCUGGUCCUCAGUCAUCUACUGGAAGGAGCUGCAGUCCGUACAGCCUGCGGGCUCUGGAGGCUUCGGCUCGGUCUACAAAGCGAAGUACCUCGGUGAGACCGUCGCGCUGAAGAAAGUGAAGAAGUGCGUAAAGAACCAGCUGGCUUCACGGCAGAGCUUCUGGGCCGAGCUCAAUGCUGCACACCUGCGCCACAAAAACAUCGUGCGCGUCAUCGCGGCGACCACCUGCGUACCUGCGGGGUUUGGAGAUGAAAGCUGCAUAGGAACCAUACUGAUGGAGUUUGUAGGGAGCAAAGAUCUGCAGCAAACUAUUUACGGAUGUGCAGAACCAUUGGAGGCGGACAGGUGGCUCAGGUACUCCUCAGACAUUGUUCAUGGAAUGCGGUUCCUUCACUCUCACAGUAUUGUGCAUCUUGACAUUAAACCAGCCAACGUGUUGGUUUCCAGUGAUGACGUCUGCAAAAUCGUCGAUUUCGGCUGUUCUCUGAAACUGGACCGUGGGUGCGAGGUGACUCCUGUCAGUCCCUAUCUGAGCCACGUAGGCGGCACGUACACGCACAGAGCCCCGGAGAUGCUGAAGGGAGAAGGAGUGUCUGCUAAAGCGGAUAUCUUCUCCUUUGGGAUCACUCUGUGGCAGCUGAUUACUAGAGAGCAGCCAUACACCGGCGACAGGCAGCACGUGCUUUACGCGGUUGUGGCGCAAAAUCUGCGGCCGUCGGUUGAGGGCCGAGCGGUGUUCCAGUCUGAGCAGGGCCGGCUGUGCAGCACUCUGCUGAGCCUGUGCUGGAGUGGAGAGCCCCGCUGCAGACCCAGCGCCCAGGAGCUGCUGCCUCACCUGGAGCAGCUGCGCGCUCACAUACAUGAGUGA